AUGGAAAACAAGCCCACAGAGAUACACGGCACGGCGCCCGACGGGGCGGUUUUCCGGUUUUAUAAGGUUGAUUUCGUCGAUAAGCUUGUGGUGGGGAUUGUCGUUGACGGCGUCAUGGACGCCCUGUUUGAUCUUCCGCUUUCCACUCUGAAGGUGAUCGAUGAGGGUGUGAUGAAGGAGGACUCUUUGGGAGUCGAGCCGGUGGUUUUGGUCGGCGAUCCGCAGAACUUGAAGCUUCAGGUCGUGGCGGGCCAGAUCGGGAAGGUGAUUUACUCGCUGGGGAACCGGAAGAAUGUGAUCUUGAGCAUGGGUCUGAGAUGGUGGGGCAGAGAGACCGAGGAGGGCGACUUUGACAAGUUGGUUUUUGUGUUGGAAAAGGUGAAGGAGUUGGUGGGGUAG